GCCUCGGCCCCCAACCCCUUCUUCUUCAGCCAGGCUCUAGAGCGGCUCCAUGAGUUCAUCCAGCAUCGCGGCCUGGAACUGUUUGAGGCCACCGUUCUGAGGCUAGAGAGGCUGGGCCGCGCCCCCGACUCUGAGGUUUGAUUGAUUGAUUUUAUUUGAUCAAUGGGGGGGGGCCAGCUUCCCAGACACAGAUUAAGUCUAGUCCUAGACUAAAAAGAGAUUCUCCACUGAGCUUGCUUUUCAGUCCAGUACUAGGCUUAAUUUGUUUCUAGUGAAUUUGGCCCACUGAGUUGCCUCAGCCAUUUGAGUACAACAACAAUACACACAUAAAAAUAUAUUAAAAACACAAUAAAGUCCAAAGACUAAAUUCCGUGAUGUUCCAUUCAGGUGGGGGGUGAGGCAGCAGACAGGCUGAGAGGACUGAUCUCCGGGGUCCUGAAGAUCGUCAGCGCCGUGAAGAACGCUAAGUCAGAGCAGCUGCACCAGUCCGUCUGUGCCCGCCGUCGUCACCGCCGCUGUGAAUACUCCCACUUCCUGCAUCAUCACCGCGACCUCUCCGGACUCCCCGUCUCCGCUUUCAAACAGGCCGCCCGCCGCAACCCCUUCGAAGAGACAGAGUCCGAGGGGAAGGAGGGAGCGGAUGACGUGGUGCGUUACCCAGAGAGGUGCUGCUGCCUGGCAGCCUGUGCCCACCAGUGUCUCCGUCUGCUCCAGCGCCUGUCCUCAAGCGGCCCAGCGGUGCUCCAGGUCCUAGCUGGGGUCCAGGCUGUGGGGAUCUGCUGCUGCAUGGACCCUCGGUCUGUAGUCGGUCCUCUCCUCCACGCCUUCCAGGCUCCAGGCCUCCGCUCCUACCAGUCCCACAUACUCUCUGUUCUCUCCCGGCUGAUCCUGGAUCAGUUAGGAGGCGGCCAGCCCUCUGAGAAGGCUAAGCUAGCCUCCUGUAACAUAUGUACUCUGGACAGCAGUCAGCUGCCGGGCCUGGAGGAGACGCUCCAGCAGGGGGAGGUCAGGGUGUCGUCCCCCAGUUUGAGCUACCGUUCCCAGGGUAUCCUCCCCAGCGGAGGGGGGGCAGAGGAUAUACUGUGGAAGUGGGAUGCCCUGGAGGCGUACCAGGGGCUGGUGUUCGGGGAGGACCAGGCACUCAGCCAACAGGUCGCGGGACACGUGUGUCACCUGACGUUGAGAGGGAACGCUGUGGUCCAAUGGCAGCUCUACACGCACAUCUUCAACCCCGUACUGCAGAGGGGGGUGGAGCUUGUGCACCACGCCCAACAACUGGGUGUCUCUACAGUGUGUAGCCAGGUGUGCUCCGACCACACCCAGUGUCUACCUGUAGAAGUGCUGCUGGUUUACCUGCAGACAUUACCCACCCUGCUCAAGUCC